AUGAAAGCUUCCUGUUUUAUUUCCCUCCUUGGUAUAUCAAGUUGCUACGGGUUCAGUGUUGGUCAAACAAUCAAAACAUCCAGCGGACCAGUUAGCGGCCACGCAAGCACUGUCAAGUCCCAUGUCUCUGCAUAUCUCGGCAUUCCUUAUGCACAACCACCAGUUGGAAAUCUAAGAUUUAUGCCACCGGAGAAAUACCAUGGCGAUAAACUCAUUAAUGGAAGCAGUGUAGGAUUCGCUUGUCCAGCCAACACACCAUUCGCCGCUCGUGGAAAUGAUCUUAACAAUUACGAUAUGUCUCUUGCCAAUCUGACUGCCCAAGGAAUUGCAACUCUCUCAGACUUAUUUCAAGUUACGGAUACAUUUAGUGAAGACUGCCUUACUCUAAACGUCUGGGUUCCUACUGGUGGUGAAGAUGGCAAAGCCGUGAUGAUCUACGUCUACGGGGGUAGUUUCACCGGCGGGAGUACUCAGAUUGGCUUUUACGAUGGGCAGCAUCUUGCAGCUGAACAAGAUGUUAUUGUCGUCACUCUCAACUACCGGGUCGAUAUUCUAGGAUUCCAUGGCGAUCCAGAAUCUAAAAAUCAUAACCCCGGAUUCCUCGACCAGCGGAUGGCUGUAGAAUGGGUGAGAGACAAUAUUCCCGCUUUUGGCGGCGAUUGCGCAAGAUUGACGCUAUUCGGCCAAUCUGCUGGUUCUGCCUCGGUGGACCACUAUGCCUAUUCCUAUGCAUCCGACCCCAUCGUUUCCGGCUUGAUUAUGGAGUCUGGUGCGGCUGGUUUUGGCAAAGCCUUGCCCUCGAACAAUGCCGAAGCGUGGUACAAGGUCUCUGAUACCCUUGGUUGUGGCACGAAUGUCACUACUAGCAGUUCAGAAAUAUUUUCGUGUCUACAAAAGAAGGAUGUCAAAGAGCUGUUUGCUGCGAUUGGAUUGAACAAAUUCGGGCCCAGCGUUGACGGUAUCACUGGCUUUGCUGAUUAUCCUGCUCUUUCAAAAGCAGGCAAAUUUGCCCAGCUCCCACUUUUGACUGGAAAUAACGAUUUCGAAGCCGGCGCAUACAUUCCCUUAUAUGCUCUCAAUGGCGUCGCUCAAGACCAUAAAUACUGGGUGGAUCUCACUGAUUCGGAGUUUGCGUGUCCAGCAGGCGCACGGGCAAAUGUCAGCGCCUCCCAUGGCCUUCCUAUAUGGCGUUACCGGUGGUUCGGAAACUUCCCCAACAUUCGCCUUUUCACCAACCCUGAUAGCGGCGCCUGGCAUUGUUCCGAGAUUCCCUUCAUUUGGAACACACUUCCUACCGGACCAGGAAUUCCUCCAGAUACCGAGGCGGAGAUUUCGAUUAGGAAAUAUAUCCAGGGCGCGUGGGCGGCCUUUGCAAAAGCUCCUUUCACUGGAUUGACGAAAUACAGGGGUGGAUGGCCUCAAUAUUCACCUUUCGAGCCAUCGUUGGUUAGACUGGCUUAUAAUAAUGUGACGGGCACGAAUGUUGCAUCGUCGGGUAUUUAUGAUAGGACCUGUCUGACGACUUAUCCCAUAGUCGGUAGGGGUUGUGGAUAA